AUGAUGGAUUCUAUAUAUUCUUCAGCAAAAGCAAUUAUAAGUCGAGUUCAACCAAGUUUAGAUGGUGGAAUUAUAACAUUUACACUGAAUAAUUUAAUAAAAUUACCUUCAUCUAAUAAUUAUAAUAAUGGAAGUUCAUCACAUACAGAAGUUACAAUCAUUGAUCAUAUUUUAUCAACAUAUUCACGUACUGGUUAUGCAUUAGCUAUUGUAUGUGCAUUAUUAUGGAUAAUCUUUUUAAUUAUUGCCACAUAUAUAACAUGUCGUCAACGUAAACGUAUAAAAAAACGUUCCGAAACAUUAUUAUAUCUUGCUCCUACAGAGAAUCAUACAUUGAAUACAUCUAGAGAAACUAUAGAAAUUGCAUUACAUAAAAAACAUUCACCAAAAUCAACAUUUUAUCGUACACGUGAACGUUUACAAUCUAAUUGGAUAUGUCUUGCUAUACAAUUUUCAUUACUAACUAUUUUAACCAUUUUAUUAGGUACAGCAGUAUUACUUGGUUUUGCUGCAUGUGGUCAAUUACAUACCAAUUUAGUAUCAGCACCAACACAUGAAGAAUCAUUAGGACGUCUAUUAACUAUUACUGAAUUAAUGCAAACUAAUCCGGAAAAAACUCAUGUAUUCCCACGUGUAUUACGUGCUUUAGCACAAAUAAGAGCAUAUCUAAGUGAAUUUGUUCCACAGACUAAAAUUGAUAUUGAACCUGUUGUAAAAAAUCUUAUUCAAGCAACUGAAUCCAUGCAAGAUCGUAUGACAAAUGAAUUUAAUUCAAUAUUAUUCAAUCAAAUUGGUGUUACUGAAGCAUUUCAACUUGGGGAUAUUCUUGGUGAACAUGUUGUUACAUUAAUCACAAAAUGUAAUGCUAUUGUACAAUCAAAUACUGCAUUUAAACAUACAUUUGAUCGAUUUAAAGUGGAAUUUCAAACAUGGUUACGUUUAAUUAAUAUAGAUAAUACAAAUUAUGAUUGUAUUGGUCAAUGUAAUGAAUUACGUUCAACAUUUUAUAAUAAUAUCUCUAUAAGACCUGAUUCAUUUAUGCCUGAUAUACAUUUUGCAAUUGCAUUAAAAUUUGUUACUACAGAUCGUAAUCAAACUGCUGAAAGUAUACAAGCCCAAUUAAAUCAUGGUAAACAAUUAUCUAAUAAUCAACUUGAAAAAACUAAAACUAUUAUGGCUAAACAAAUUAAUAUUCCACAAUCCAUACGUAAUAUGACAAAUAAACAAUGGGAUCAAUUAAUACCACAAUUACAUAAAGCUAUAGAAGAGAUUGAUAAAAUGUCGAUCUUAAUUACUAGAUCUAUUUCACCAAAAGUUUCAUCCAUUUCUAGUCUUCUAUUAACAUUCAAUUUAUUCUUUUGGUUCUGUAUUUUAUUGAUCACGAUUGGUUUAAUAUGGUUAAUUAUACGUUAUCAUUUUAUACCCACAGAGAUUAGUUUACAUACACGUAAUCGUAUACGUUUAGGUGCUAGUAUUGGAUUUUGUAUUCUAAUCAUUAGUAUUAUAUUAGCUUGUUUAUUUUAUUUAAUUGGUGGUUAUUUCUAUACAGAAGGUUGUCGUUAUAUAAAUCCUGAACAAAAUAUAAUCAAUAUAACAGAAUAUGAUCCAAUGAAUCAGAAUUAUAUUCAAUAUACAAUGUUUCCUAUUGAUGCUCAUAUUAAUACAUUUAUUAGUCGUAAUUGGCCAAUUAUUCUAUCAAUAGCUAAACAAUUUACUCAUAUGCCUAUUCCACAUAUACGUAGUCCAAUUUAUGGUCUAUUACAUAAUUGUUAUAAAAAUCAAGGUAUAUUAGAAGCAUUAGAUAGUAUUAGAGAUUAUAAUAUGAAAUCAUUAAAUGAUCCACAAAUGUCUAAUCGAUUUAUUAAUCUUGGUAAAAAUAUAAUGAUUGAUUCAUUAAAAUCAAUUAAUGUCAAUGAAAUGUUCCCUAAAGAAACUGAUGAAAAUUUAGCUAUGGCAUCACGUUUAGAUGAUUUUAUUGUAGAUUAUAAUGAAGUACGUUCUAAAUUACCUAAAACUUAUUUAAGUAUACAAUCAUCAAUAGAUGAAUCAAAUAAUUAUACAUUAUGGCCAAUACAUAAUAUGUGGAAUUUAUGGGAUAAUUAUUAUACUACUAUAUUAAGUCAUCGUUUAUCUAUAGAACAAUUAAAUCGUUUAAAUAUUACUACAGAAAAAGUUCGACAAACUAUUAUUCAAUUAGAUCAGAUCAUUUAUGAUAUAGAUCAGAAUUUAUUGAUUUUAUCAAAAUUAAAAAAAAUUGCAUCACAUGUUGCUAAGUUACAAGAAACAUUAAUUAAUUUAAAAAAUAUAAUGAAUAAUAAAACAAUAUUAAUUGAUCAAGCUAUUGAAUUAUUUCAUCAAAAUAUACAAUUAAAAACGCCAUUAGAAGCAGAAAAAUUAAUUAUUGAAUAUGGACCAAAAAUUAUGUCAAAAGUUGGACAAUGUUAUCGUUUAUAUACAGCUAUGAAUGAUAUGAAUAAUGCUGUAUGUCAUGGAAUUGUAAGUAUAUUCAAUGGAUUUUGGUUUCUUUUAAGUUGGGUUACAUUAAUUGGUACAUUAAUUAUUAUAUUUAGUUUAUUAUUAUUAAUGCAUAAAUCACCAAUUGAUAAUCGUCAAUCAUCAUCAUUAUCAGGGAAAUUUUAUCAUGGGAAUAUAAAACGUAAAAAUUUAAAAUCAAAUCUAUCUACUAUGGUAACUGAAAAUUCUAUAAAUCCUAAUGAAUUAGAAGCAUUGAAUAAUCGAUAA